AUGAACAUCCCAGACGUGCAGUCAGAGGAGGUUGAGGUGGAAGAUGUUGUGGUUGAAGAUCUCCUGAUACCAUCUGAGGAGUUCCCUGCCGAUCAGACGGAACCUGCUGGAACAGAGCUAGAUAACCUGUUUGAAGACCUAAAAUGGACUCUAGAGAAAGAUGGUUCCUCUUCGCUCUUUGACAUUGACCUAGCCGAUCUUUGCGAAUAUGACGUCACAAGCCAAAACUCCGGCAUCGAAGUUUCGUCUGCCUCGUCUCCGGAGAGAACGCCAUCUGACUUGAGGAUGAGGAGCAGACAGAACCAGUCGAACCACAUAAAUAAAAACGCCAUCGCUGCCAGAAUGAAUCGUCUCAAGAAGAAAGAAUACGUCAACAGCCUGGAGAACCAAGUGGGCGUCCUCUCAACAGAAAACACUGUGCUCAAACGGGACAACUCUCAGCUGACAAAACGGGUGGAGGAGUUGGAAGAUGAAACCAGGUAUCUGAGGGCUGUGCUGGCCAAUGAGAGCAUGUUAGCCCAGCUCUUGUCCAGGCUGAGCGGUGUGAAUGGGAUGAAAUUAUCUUCCUCGCUUUUCCAGGGGCCUGGCUCAAACGACCACGAUUACGCGUUGCCCAGGAAGCGGGUGAAAGUGGCAGAGAAAGAGACAUCCGGUGGCGUGUGUCUGCACGUGGACAAGAACCACGUGUCAGUGGAGUUCUGCACAAAGUGUGCAGAGAGUGCAAGCACGGCGCUCAAAAUGUAGGGUCAAUUUCUUCUAGGUCGCUCCACCCUGUGGGAUGAGUGGCUUUCUGAACAUCUUUACCCGCUUGGCUCCAUGUGGAUUCUGCUGAUGGAGGUGAAGAGGCUGGACACGCUGCUGCUGCCUGGUAUUUUUUUAAAGGUAGUAUCGCAAGCUCUGCCGAUAAAGGCCUAA